GAGGAGAAGGAAGAAGAAGAAGAAAAAGAAGAAGAAACCACUACCUUCCCAGGAUUGCCUUUUUCCCCUUAUCGUUACGCGCGCGUGUGCGUGUGGCGCGUGUGCGCCCCUCGUCCCUUCCAUCUGAACCCGGUCUUGGAUGUUUAAUAAAGAAAUCAAGUGUCUCAACAGUCACCAAAAAAAAAAAAAAGCAAAAACAAACAAAAAAAAUUCCAAAAGCAAAAACAAAAAAGAGAGAGGAAAAAAAGCAAAAACAAACAAACAAACAAGGCAGAACCAACCUCUACUUCCAACCAGCCGGCACCAGCCAGCCGUGUCUGCCACCCAGAGAGGGGGGUCUCCGGCCCGUGCCGCAGGAGUUGCAGGGGGGAUCGUCAGGGGGACAGAGGCCGAGUGACGUCCUAGGAGCCACCGGGCGAGAGGCGGAGGAGACCCAGAGAGGCGAGAGGGACAGCGGGCCCCAGCGCGCGGCUCGGGGCUGGGGCGCCAGAAGUGGGACUGGAGCGAAGUAGAGCGAUGCCAAGAAGGAAACAGCAGGCACCCAAGCGGGCGGCAGGCUAUGCCCAGGAGGAACAGCUGAAGGAAGAGGAAGAAAUAAAAGAGGAAGAGGAGGAGGAGGAGGACAGUGGUUCGGUAGCUCAGCUUCCGGGCAGCAAUGACACGGGCACAGACGAGGAGCUGGAAACGGGCACAGAGCACAAAGGCUGCUUCAGCUACCAGAACUCUCCAGGAAGCCACCUGUCCAACCAGGACGCCGAGAACGAGUCUCUGCUGAGCGAUGCCAGUGACCAGGUGUCGGACGUCAAGAGCGUCUGCGGCCGAGAUGCCUCGGACAAGAGAGCGAACACACACCCCAGGGUGCCCGGCGAGGCCCACAACUGCAUGGAUAAAAUGACCGCCGUCUACGCCAACAUCUUGUCUGAUUCCUACUGGUCAGGCCUGGGCCUGGGCUUCAAGCUGUCCAGCAGCGAGAGGCGGAACUGUGACACCCGCAACAGCAACGGCAAGAGUGAUUUCGAUUGGCACCAAGACGCGCUCUCCAAAAGCCUGCAGCAGAACUUGCCUUCGAGAUCCAUCUCCAAGCCCAGCCUGUUCAGCUCGGUGCAGCUGUACCGGCAGAGCAGCAAGGUGUGUGGGACGGUGUUCACGGGCGCCAGCAGGUUCCGCUGCCGCCAGUGCAGCGCCGCCUACGACACCUUGGUGGAGUUGACUGUGCACAUGAACGAGACGGGCCACUACCAAGAUGACAACCGCAAAAAGGACAAGCUCAGACCCACGAGCUACUCAAAGCCCCGGAAAAGGGCGUUCCAGGAUAUGGACAAGGAGGAUGCUCAGAAGGUCCUGAAAUGCAUGUUUUGUGGCGACUCCUUCGACUCCCUCCAGGAUUUGAGCGUCCACAUGAUCAAAACAAAACAUUACCAAAAAGUGCCUUUGAAGGAGCCAGUACCGACCAUCUCGCCGAAAAUGGUCACUCCGGCGAAGAAGCGCGUGUUUGACGUCAACCGGCCGUGUUCACCUGAUUCCACCACGGGGUCGUUCGCAGAUUCCUUUUCUUCUCAGAAGAACGCCAGCGUGCAGCUGUCUUCCAACAAUCGCUACGGUUACCAGAACGGCGCCAGCUACACCUGGCAGUUCGAGGCCUGCAAGUCCCAGAUCUUAAAGUGCAUGGAGUGUGGGAGCUCCCACGACACCUUGCAACAGCUCACCACCCACAUGAUGGUCACCGGCCACUUUCUCAAGGUCACCAGCACCGCCUCCAAGAAGGGGAAGCAGCUGGUGUUAGACCCACUGGCCGUGGAGAAGAUGCAGUCCCUGUCGGAAGCCCCCAGCAGCGACCCCCUGACCCCCAAGCCGUCCAGCAACUCCGCCUCUGACUGCACAGCCUCCACGACCGAGCCGAAGAAAGAGGGCAAGAAGGAAAAAGCCGAGGAUGGCAGCAAGGAGGAGAAAGUGGUGAAAAGCGAGGACUACGAAGAUCCCCUGCAAAAGCCUCUGGACCCGACCAUGAAAUACCAGUAUCUGAGGGAGGAGGACUUGGAAGAUGGCUCCAAGGGCGGAGGGGACAUUCUGAAGUCCUUGGAGAACACCGUCACCACAGCCAUCAACAAAGCCCAGAACGGGGCGCCCAGCUGGAGCGCGUACCCCAGCAUCCACGCAGCCUACCAGCUGUCGGAGGGCAGCAAGCCACCGCUGCCACUGGGGUCCCAGGUGCUGCAGAUCCGACCUAAUCUUGCCAACAAGCUGAGGCCCAUUGCCCCGAAGUGGAAAGUCAUGCCGCUCGUCUCGGUGCCCGCCAACCUGACCCCGUACCCGCACGUGAAGAAGGAGCCGGAAGACAAAGAGGAGGGGGUGAAGGAGUGUGGGAAGGAAAGUCCCCACCACGAGGCCUCGUCUUUUGGCCAGGGCGACGGGGACUCUUUCCCCAGAAGCGAAGCACCUGCGGAGGCCAAGAAAGUGGAGCCCUGUGCCCUGAAGGAGGAGGACAAGCCGGCCAGGGAGGGCGGCGAGAAAGAGAAGCCCCAGGCCCUGGAGCCGGCGGCGGCGGCGCUCAGCAAUGGCUGUGCCCUCGCCAACCACAGCCCGGCCCUGCCCUGCAUCAACCCGCUCAGCGCCCUGCAGUCCGUCCUGAACAACCACCUGGGCAAGGCCACGGAGCCGCUGCGCUCUGCUGCCUGCGCCAGCCCCAGCUCAAGCACAAUGCCCUUGUUCCACAAGUCCAGUCUCAGUGUCAUGGACAAGCCCGUGUUGAGUCCAGCCUCAGCGAGGCCAGCCAACGUGUCCAGGCGCUACCUGUUCGAGAACAACGAUCAGCCCAUCGACCUGACCAAGUCCAAGAGCAAGAAAGCCGAGUCCGCGCAAGCACAAUCCUGCACGUCCCCGCCUCAGAAGCACGCUCUGUCCGACAUCGCCGACAUGGUCAAAGUCCUCCCCAAAGCAACCACCCCGAAGCCGGCAGCUUCCUCCAGGGUCCCUCCCAUGAAGCUGGAGAUGGACGUCAGGCGCUUUGAGGACGUCUCCAGCGAGGUCUCGACUUUGCAUAAAAGAAAAGGCCGGCAGUCCAACUGGAACCCUCAGCACCUCCUGAUCCUGCAAGCGCAGUUCGCCUCGAGCCUCUUCCAGACGUCAGAGGGCAAAUACCUGCUGUCUGACCUGGGUCCUCAAGAGCGCAUGCAAAUCUCGAAGUUCACGGGACUGUCCAUGACCACCAUCAGCCACUGGCUGGCCAAUGUCAAGUACCAGCUUCGGAAAACGGGCGGGACAAAGUUUCUGAAAAACAUGGACAAAGGACACCCCAUCUUCUAUUGCAGUGACUGUGCCUCCCAGUUCCGAACCCCCUCUACCUACAUCAGCCACUUAGAAUCUCACCUGGGUUUCCAAAUGAAGGACAUGACCCGCAUGGCCGUGGACCAGCCAAGCAAGGUGGAGCAAGAGAUCUCCCGGGUAUCGUCGGCUCAGAGGUCUCCGGAAACAAUAGCUGGCGAAGAGGACACGGACUCUAAGUUCAAGUGUAAGUUGUGCUGUCGGACAUUUGUGAGCAAACAUGCAGUAAAACUCCACCUAAGCAAAACGCACAGCAAGUCACCCGAACACCAUUCCCAGUUUGUAGCAGACGCGGAUGAAGAAUAGCCCUGCAGGACAAAUGCCUUAGUUUCAACUUCCCAGCCUGGACCCCUCCCACGGAGCCCUUCUUCGUCGCACCACCCACCACCCGGUCCUGACACGGAGCUCGCUGAACUCCUGACACCCUGCUCCAAGAAGGCUGCCAAAAAAAAAAAAAAAAAAAAAAAUCACCCCAGCCAUUUCUCUUCAUCCUCACUAACAAUUUGGUAAUGAAUUAUUGAUUUCCACUUCUCUGCUUAUGGACGAUAUUAGAUUUUCAUUGAUAAACUGCAAUGGGGCUGUCUCGUCUCCACGGUCCUCUUUCCACUGUCACAAGAAAACAAAGUGCCACUGAAGAAAAAUAACGACCGAGAACGCUGAUGUACUGAUUUUGUCAGUUUGUAACAGGAAGGGGAGGGGAGCAUAAGUCUUCAUAGUUUAAUCUCCAAGUGGGCUGCCCUCAGUGUAGACAUUUGGAAGCUUGCUUUUCAUGGUAAUGUCCAUUUCCUAUUUAUAACCCCCCUGGGAACGUUUGUCUAAAGGAAAUGUUUCUGUUCAGUGUAACAAUUAUGGUUGCACCUGGAUUGCCCAGUCCUGCCCCUGCACUAGGGAGCCAUUAAUCACUGCAAAGUAGAAGAAUUAUUCAGUUAAACCAGAGUUUGAGCCAAGAAACCCUCUGAACCAUGUUCAUCUUCUGUGAAAGUUGUUGCCGCAGUCAGGCUUAACUGUGUUGCUGCCAAAGACUCUCUUCCCAUGCAAUGGAAGGCAUCUAUAGCGUCAUCAUUGUCUUGAUGGGUUUAAAAAAGAAAAGCGAUCAGCUUGCCCCACUGUCACGUGAGAUCUGCAAAGUGGGGGAGAUGGGGAGUGUUGGGGGGCAGCAGGAGAUGAGACCGCCGCAGGGUGGCGCGUUCAGCCCCCACCUUUCCUGGUGGUCUCUUGUGUAUGGCUCGGAAACACAACUGGCUUCGGAAGCAUGAAAUAGGGUGUCCGUUGUAAAUGUGUUCCUGCAACUUUUUUCAUUAAAACUUUAAGGGCCCAAUUUUAAUUUGUGGAAUAUUCCCGUUAAUAAUGAGAUCUAAUUAAGACAUCCAUUAAAAGCCCGUUAAAGUUAAUUUAACGUAAAAAUUCCAAUAGAACUGUAUUAGAUUUUCUCCAUUAAAUUAACGUUAUGGAUUUUUAACGGAUGUCUUAAUUAUACGUUAUUAUUAACGGGAAUACUGUAUUACACAGAUUAAAAUCAGGCCCUAAGUCAACUUGGAAAAGCUAAGAGCAUGUUUUAAUAUUAAAAGUCUUGCAUACCUAGUGCACAGUUUGGAAAUGCAGGGGUAGAUAUGUUUACUCUAGUUAAGCAUUUUCUACGGAACUGAAAGCAACCUAUAAUAGAAAAAUCCAUCAUUGCAUUUAAACAAUGAAUUUCCUUAUUCUCAAGGGACAAAUAAGUCUGAAUUGUGUUGCAAACUGCUACUCUGCUAUAGGUGAAAUAUUUAAACUGUUCUAGGCACAACACUAGAAGCUAGGUGACUUUGAAACAAAAGAAGUAGUUUGUGUUGUUGCUUCAAUUAUAAAGAUUAUCCCCCAAAAGAAUCUCAACAAUGACAAAAUGAAACCAAACAUAUCCUUUUUUCUCAUAGAGCCUGCCUGUUGGAAUGGUUUUGGAAAUUUUGACAUGAUCCCUAAAUUCAACAUCGGGAUUAAAAAAAAAAAAAAAAAACUUCUUAUUUACCUCCUAGGGAAAGUGUUGCCCUUAUGCCACAUAUAAUAGCAAAUUGCUUUUUUUAUGGCAUGCAUAACCUAGAUGGGAAAAAAUAUGGCGCUUCAGGGAAGGAGGGAAAAAGUAAAUGAAGUUCCAGGAAUGUCAUUCUGAAGUAAUGAGGCAUGGACAGAAAAUAUACCCCUCACAUCAUCGGAUUGAGAUGGCAGUCGAAAUAGCUUCAUUGAAGUGUCAGCACUCAUCCAUCAAUCAAUCACCCACAAGGAAAAAUAGCAACAGUACAACGGGGCGGCUUUUAUGGGAUUUACUCAUGGGCAUAGGGAAUAGCGGCUCAAAUGUAGUUCUGACAUGAAAAGCAAGGUGCUGAUAUUAUUUUUUAUGAUGGGAGGAUCAUAAAGUGAAUUGAGAACAGCGAGGUCUGUCUUUGCUUAACCUAUUCAACCAGAAACGAAUGGAGCUCAACUGGAAAGGAGCAGUCUUCGGAUGGGUUAGGGUUGAAGGGUGGACUCUGCUGAGCCUGUCCCUCAACAACGAAAUUCGAUUAAAGGAAAAUCAGUGCAUUGGCUUUGGGGUUCUUGGAGCUGUUGUUACUGCUUGCUCCAACCCAGGGUUAUUAGAUAAAGUUACCUAAUUCAGGUCCUACCACCCACGUCCCAACACGGGCUCUGGAGUUCUUGCUCCCACUAGGGUGAGGAGAAACACAAGUCUCAACUCCUCCAUGGAAAUUCUCUCCCUUCUAAGAAAGAAAAAUAAAUAAAUAAAUCGUCUGCCUCAACACAUAACCUAUACGGUUUUGUUAGUGCAAUUUCUGUGAUAGGGUGGGAUGGGAGGGGAGAGACGAAAAUAUUGAUAUAUUUGGUAAAACUCCGGAUUGUCCCUUGGCAGCAGUGAAUGUUGUACUGAUGUUCUCCUUAGAAAACAAGAUCUGAGCUGAAACCGAGAUCGCUGAAGUUCUCAGAACGUUCCUAGAGACCAGGCCUGCCUACAUUUGUGCCUUCCAGAAACUUCUGUCUGGAGGGGAAAAACAAGCAUGAAGCCAGGAGAACGUUUUUAUCCACUUUCAUGCCCUUCCUUUCCUUUCUCUGGAACUUUCCAAGUAACAAGGAAAAGGACAUGCAAAUAUCAUGCAAAUCACCCUGGCAUCUAGGUCCACUGCCACACACAGCCCCUCCCCUGCCCCGGGUACCUGUGCGAGUGAGAGAGUUUCUUUCCUUCCCUGUUCCCCCUUCCAGCUAAGUCCCCCAACCAGCUGCACAUUGGGCUGUCCAAUACAAAUAUUUAAGUUUUAUAUAUCUGGCCCCAUUUUGUAGUCCAGCAAAUCUGCCAUAUAUACAGAUUUCACAAAGCACUGGCAACACAAGGUACAACAGAAAACAACUAUUUAUUGCGCAAGUCCAUUCCACAAAAACUCCCAGGCACCUGCAGCACUGUUGUAGGCACCCCGAGAUUCAACAGUGAAUGCGUCACAGCACCCCUGGUCCUAAGGACAGCUGACAUCCAGACACCUGAGCUGGGGCGGCGAGGGGGAGGGGGCAGAGUUCACGUGGGGUCAAAUCCUAGUAUUUCAAGAACACAGAAUUUUCCUUCUGAAAAGCAUACAGGGAGGAAAUAGCUUUAAAAAUAGGUCAAGGCCUAAAAAGCAAAAAUAAUCAUGGAAUCCAUGGGAUAGCACCGUCUCCACAGUAUGUCUUGCAGGCCACCGUUCAGAUUUCUCAAAACUCGCCCCCACAAUGUGCCUGCUUGGUUGUUUAAAUUUUGCAUAAUUAAUGCCAUCGGCAAAAGUCUCUGGACUUGGCUGACUUGCAGGAAGCCAAACAAAUGCAGUGACAUAUGUGGGAAGCAGUCAUGUAACUCUGGUCAAGCAGCGAGGUGAGGUGUAUGCAGCUGGCGUGUGUGUGCGUGUGCUCACGUGUACCUACGAGGCAUACAGCUGUACACGCUCCACUGUCGUCGUCCAGGGUCGAUGUGGCAGUGAGAGACCCAAAGAUCGCAGGCUCCACCAGGUGUUUGCAUGUUGCUGCCUUUCCUCCUGUCAUUUCCCAGGUUUUUUGAUUCUGCUCAAACCUUCUCUCCUCUGUCAGGUUUCAUUUUUUAAGCUUGUUAAAUGUUUUCAUUAAGAAAAAAAAAACAUUAAAACUAUAAUUUUCACACUUUCCUCUCUUCUCUGCAACAAGAAUAGUAGUGUGUAGAUGCACCCCAAAAUAACAAUACCUAGGAAGUACCUAGAAGGCUUUAACACACACACACACACACACAAGUGUAGUUCUAAGAAGGGAUAAAAGUAAUACCUAUUUUGAACAUGCAUUAUGCAAAAAAACAAAAUUCGAAACUGAACUUACGGUUAACCCUUUCCCUUCCCCUGCCCCCCCCCCAAGAUGUUAAAAUGCUAAUUUCAUUUUCUCUCUUCUGUGUGGCACUUUCUCAAAAUAUUGAUGAAAUACUUUUAGACAAAGAUGGAGCUGGAGAAAGAGAGAGACCUGUUUCCAUUGCGGGAAAGCGUUAAACAUUUUGAUACUUGUGAAUCAUCUUUAGAAUUUCUACAGGGGAAUUUUACCUCUUCCUGCAAAGUAAAAGCCACUUAUCUCCUCCAGUUUCCUGUGACAGAUGCAGAGGCAUGGGCAGAUACACAAUUUCCAGACUCUAGUUCAUCCUCUUCCAAUAGUUUCGAACAAUGGGCUAACGGGCGUGGGUGUUUCUCCAAAAAUUACUCAUGCACAAGGCAGCCCAGAGCUUCAGGGAAAACUAGAAAUGUUUUAUGGAUUAGAGUAGGACUGUUUUAAAAUCUUAGUACCAGGUGGAACGCUAUUUCUGCAACAGGGUUCAGUCCAUUUCUUUUGGAAAAAUAUAUUCCAAGUGAAGUGGCUCUUCCAAGGAAUGACAUCCUGACUUGACACCCUUCGGCAUAGAAAUGAUUCCACCAAUAGCCAUAGGAUUAGCAUUAAGGCCUUUUACAAUACAGUCUGUUUGCAAAAGACAAAUUCAGGGCAUCCCUUGGCAUCGUGUUUAUUUGCUUGAAGCAGCUUUUGGGAGGACAAGUACCAGCUCUUUGGUGAGCACCCCCAGAAGUCAAAAAAUUUGAAAAAAGAAAACACAGUGCUAAAAGAAAUUCUAACCACUCCUUUCAACCCCUUUAGAAAACAAAUUUCAAUGUGUUCACUGAAUUAUCUUGAACCUGAAACCUCCAUUUGGAUGUCAGUCCCCAGGCGAUGGCUAAUAUUUACAGAACUUGAACAAUCAUACGAUUAUGUCUCCAAUGUGAAGACUGUGCACAGUAAUAUUUUCACUUUCUAAAUGACUCGUGUAACAUUCAGGAAUUAUUAAUGUGUAUGUAUAUUUUUAAGUACACAAAGUUCGACCAGUCUUCAGAGAAGAGGUAAGAAAGUGCCAGUUCUACGUUGAGCUGAGAACUACAGAAAUGUUGCAGUUUUGCAAUAGAGUAUUUUGGCUUUAUCUCAGAUGCUAGAAUGUGCAACUCGAGUCACAAAAGCUAACGCACAAAACCAAUGCUCAUUUGGCUCAGGGUUCUUAAAUGGCAAAUAUCUCCAGUUACAAUGUCCUUUUCGGUCUCUGAUGGUGACCUUCUAAUCCCUUCCAACUUGGAUUCCAAACAGGCAGGCACUGUGGACGUAAAUCAUAAACCUCUUUCAAAUCAAGAACAGUUGAUCGCACUCCGUCUUUUUAACAGUCAGCCAGGGCUUGCUCUGCAGAGUUCCUGUAUCUUGUUAGGAAAUCUGGCACCAAACACGUUUACAUUUUGUACUUGCCCCUUGCGUUGCCUCUAGAUUUUGCAUUAUCGUUGUUUCAUUUAGGAAGGGCGGUGGGGGAAAUGGGUCAGAGCGAGUUGCAAGAGCUACUGUCACCCUUGCUCUGAAGAAACUGUUGAUUUGCCAGCGAAGAAAGGCAAACGCGUUUUUAUAUUAAGAGAGCAGACCAGUCGUUUUCAAAGAAAAAUGACUGCUUCCGUACUUGUAGAAUGUUCCGUGCAAGCCACUAAUUUUCUAUCGCCUGCAUGCUGUAUAUAACACACCUGCCUGUGUGCCAGGAAGAGAACCCAGGCCGUGUUGCUUGUACGCAGUGCAGCUGGGAUGGUUGGGAAUGCAGGCCUCCUGAGCGUUUUUAUACUGUACAUAUGUGUAUAUACCGACUAUAUCGCCAUGUAUGAACACAGAUUUUAUUAUAUUUGCUUGUUUCUGUUUCCUACCAAACUGGCCCACAAUGAGAGGAUUCUUUUGUAUAGAAAAAAACAAAUAUGCUUGUAAUUUUUUCCUGAUCAUUCUCUUUCAAUAGCUUAUGAAAGAAUUAGAUCUGAGUUUACAAAGAAACUCUAAGAACCAAGUUUCUCUGUCUGCAUGAGUCCUGCCCGUCCAAUUGCUGGAUCCAGGGAGGAGCCGCCGUCCGAAUCCAGAGUUUUCCUUUCAAGGCAUGCUUCCCCCGUGGGAAAACUGCAAAUUCAUCCACGUAGAAUUAUCCUCUUUGUAUUUUAUCUAAUAGUGCCUGAGCAUUUUUUAAUGUCUUCUUAGAGGAAGAAUUCAUAAUUGUCAAAAUUUGAAACAUUAGCUUCAUUUUGUUUUUAUGACCUCGUGAUUCUUCUCCUUAUUUAUCCGGCUGCUGUUGUAAUGGGGCCCCAGGCCAUUCCUGACAUCGCCGUGUUCUUCUUCUGCAUUAAGGAUGUUUUUAAAAUUACAGAGAUUAUUGAGCCAACAGGCUGUUUUAAUCAAAACCAUGUUUCACUUGUUUUUGAUGAUUAUAAAUUGUCCUUGCAAUGAAAAAAAAAAAACUUUUCUGCUGGGAAGAUUAUACCACCCUGUGGUCAAACAGGUUCAUCACAGACAGGCAUCCACGCCCACUGACUGGGGUCUGGAAAAUUCUUCCCGGGACUGGCCACCACUUCUUCCACUCCCAGCCGUCCUGACCACGAUGAGUUCCCUUUGCGGUCCCGGUGUGCAGGGCUCCGAAGGCUUUGCCGCAUCGUCACUGCCCAAGACCACGAGCCGGCUGGAAAGGGGGGCCUCCCUGCUUGGAACAAAAGAAGGGGCUUCCAGAAAGGGGGGCUCCUCCUGUCGCCCCCAGCGCCCCCAUCUGUCCUGCCAUCCCUCCUAGUCGCGAACAAGCUGGUCUUGAUGUCCCAUCUAACCUAAAUCAGGUCAAGAGAGACUUUCAGAUCAACCCCUGAUGGCGUAAACUUGACUCUGGGUGCGCUUAAGACGUAUGCCUGUGUGCGAUGCCACAGCACUGAAAUUCUCUGCAGAAGGCGAGUUUUUUUCUUAAUACUACUUUAUCACAGAAAUAAAUUCUGAUGGUAGAGAUGAAGAAAACCCUUAAAUUGUAUCACAAAAGCCAUUAUUUUUUACAUCUAAAGAGCUUUUUUUUUUUUUUAAGGAAAAUCAUUCUACUUUGAGAACUGUAAUUAAAGUCCUAAAUAAUAAAGACUACUUCUUUUAGCUAUUGUGGAAAAAUAACAACACACUCACCGAGGUUGUACGGAGCCCCUCAUUCCCAUCAAAAAGGUUUCUAUACGUAUAUUAGUUACAUUUUAAAACAUGAUAACUCUUUCUUUUGUGGAGAAAAAAAAAGGUCUUUUUUUUUUGUUAUUAUUACCACUCAGCAGUUAUUGGAAAUAGACUGUUCCCAUCUGAAACCUUAUCGUCAUUUGCAUCAGGAAACCAACUGCCGACAUUAAGGACCUGGGUGUGUUCAAUUACGAUCUUGCUGGAGGCUGUCCCUCAUUUUAAUGCUGCACAUAUUGAACCACCUUUCUGAAACCCAGCUGAUACGGUAGAGCACAGACAGGCCUCUCAACACCAUCCGUUUUGCAAUCGGCUUCAUUUCAGUCAACGCCGACUUCCGCUCUGGCCAAUUGAAAAAAAAAAUGAAAAUUAAAGGAGAGAGAGAGAAAAAAAAAAAAACACAGAUGCACUUAAAACAUGAAAAGAAUUAUUUAUAUGAUAAUAAAAAUAUAUUUAGAUUUUCAAAGCACAAGACUGAAUAGAAGUGCUCUUUUUAUGCUUA